AUGUUUAUUAAUAUUCCAAAGCAUUCAUCAGUUACAAUUUCUACUUGUUCUGUAAUAACAACAAUAAAGUCAUUAAUUAAAAUUAUUAAUAAUACUCAAUUUGAUAAUCAAAAUAAAAAGAAUACUUUUGAUGUCAUUCAAGAUGGAAUUGAUUCUUCAUGUGGAGAAUUUGGUAAAACUCUUUAUAUAUCAUCAAAACAAAUCCCAUUGAUGAUAUUUAUUGGUUCAUCUGAUAAUUCUAAUAAAAUAAUCCAUAUUGAUGUUGAACUAUCAGUAGAAAAUAAUUCAUUAUCCGCAUCAGUUAUCACAUUAAUAGUGAUUGGAUGCUUACUUGUUAUAAUUUGUUUUCUGAUAAUACUUGUUGUAAUAUUCAUUCUUUUAAAGAAAAGAAUUAUUACUGAUUCAAAAGGAGUUGAUAAGAAAGAAAUAUCGAAUAAUGAAAUAAACUGA